AGUUCGUGGCGAUAUUUGUGCCUGUAGAGACUUCACUAGAGCAGAAACAGCAGUGCUGAUAUAUAUUAUAUCGGGCUGUCCGUGUAAGUCCGAUUACGAACUAAUUAAUUAACAGUGUAACCAUGGCACUCGUCUAUACUAGGCUAUUAUGCAGACGUAAUUUGGACCUGAAAAGUUUUCGCUGUUUAUAUACUUCUAACCCAACAACAGUUUGUGCAUCGUUACCUGCACUUAAACCAGCUACAACAGCAUGCGAGACUCAUGAUGAAAAGAAUAUGCGCCUGAAACGCCCAUUAUCUCCUCAUCUAACCAUAUAUCAAUUGCAACUCACCUCAAUGCUGUCAGUAACACAUCGUGGUACUGGUAUUGUCCUUAGUUCAUAUGCAAUGAUUCUUGGCCUUGGUACUCUAUUUGUUCCUGGGGGAGUACCUUGUAUGGUACAAGCAAUUGCUGCUUGGGGCUUACCUUCAGCAGUACUUUAUCUGGGUAAAGCAAUGUUUGUGUACCCCUUGACGUAUCAUUACUUAAAUGGAAUCAGGCACUUGGCUUGGGAUUUAGGCAAAUUCUUGACGAUCAAAGAUGUUUACAAAACUGGUUGGACUGUUGUUGGCCUUUCAGCUAUUGCAGCAUUAGCUAUUGCAGCUUUAUAAAUAAUGCAUUAAGCCCAAAGAUGAAUACAAAGAAUAAUUUGAGGCAUUGUACUUUGUAAAAUAAAUCUAUUUAUUAGAAAAAGUAUUACAACGACUUAAUAAGUUAUGAAUAAUUUAUUACUAAAAACAUAAUUUGUAAUUGUGAUUUUUACAUGAAUCCCUCUAAAGAGGCAUCCAUAUAUUUCUUAUAUAUAGCCAUGAAUCUUGCAGCAAAAGCUUCCAAAUGGAAAAUAACUUUAGAACCGUAGUGCAUUCUAUGUUCAUAUUCUGCUGCAACUGUCGCAAUUUCGAUUUUUAGUUGUAAAUCACAUUUUUUUGUAACUUCUUGUAAUAAACCCCUAAAUAUUAAAUCUGUAGGAAUUGCAUGUGUCAAGAGUUCAUAAAAUCUAUUCCUUAUUUCUAGUAAUUUUCUGGGACUUUGUUCAGAAACCAUCAUACUUGCAAUACCUUUUAUAUAAAUUUGCCAAUCAGGUUCUGUAAUUUUUUGGUCUGCGGUAAAGGGAUAUCUGAAAAAAAAUUAUUAUUAAUUAUAAGCCAAAUUUAAUUGUAGUAAACUGUUGUAAUCUAACAUAUACUUCAGUAUAAUAAAAUUGAAAAAUCAAUUGCAGUUUGUACUUCAA